AUGAACACUUGCCUUCAAAUAAGACAUAAUGAUAUGUUUAUAUAUCUUUUAAAUUUACCUGAUCACCAAAUUUUUAAUGCAUCUGCACUUCUUCAAAUGAUGACAUAUCCUCAAAGAGAUCGUAAAGAAGAAAUAAUUUCUAUCUAUUUACAAAAAAAGACGUAUGAGUUUAUAAAUGCUAGUUUUUAUAAAAAUAAUUAUACUAUCAGUGCAUUAGAAUUAAAAAAUAAAAACUUAAAUUGGCAUUUAAAAAGACUUAAGUCUUCUCGAUCACUUUUAGUGCAAGUAGCAAGAGCCAAACAAUCUAAAAAAAAACAAGUUUCAAAAAUUCAGGCUUCUAUUCACAAAGCAAAUAAAGUUCAUGAACCUCAAUAUAUGCAACAGUCAAAUAUACCAAAGCCAUUUAUCAAUUUAUAA